AGUAAAGGUAACACCAGCUCGUAAAGACUCUCUUUAUACUUCAAAGUGGUAAAGUAAUCUCAUGCAACGUUCAAGAUUCCACUUUUCGAACCACUCGCUUUGAUCGGGGUUCAAUUUUAGUUUUUUUUUGCUUGCUCGGGUAUCAAUAUUAGCACGAAGGCUUAAAAAACAACUUUGACCCCUUGUAAAACAAAUAACUCAUUGUUUCUACAUGACAUUUUCACACUGCACGCACUGUCAAAAUGCCUGAUCAGACACUAAGUGAACUAUUUUUUAAUCCGACAGUCUCAGAUUUUUUAAAGAUUAUCCCCACCAUCCGUAGUAGCGUAGGCCGAUCCCUUCGUCACGCGGAAAACUGUAUCUAUCUCUAUCUCGCACGGAAAAAAAUCAAGUGUUUUCGAACCCGCCGCAUCGUUUUGCUUGCAUUCUGCUAUUUGAAAAUUCAACCUUUUGGCGAUUAACACAUUGUACAGUUUCCUUUCUCGAAUUUGCUGAACAUUGAUCACUUUGAAGCCGAGCCCGCAUACAUUGUUAUACUUGUAUGAAGCAAGUGUCUUAAGAUAUAGCGAAGGCAUUCGAAUUUAGACUUUACUGAAUUGUUAUACAGAUUCUUAUCCAAAGGCGACGGGUAAAAUGAUUGGUCGUUUAGUAUCCAGAGGUUGAGUGGAAAACUUGAAAGGUAGGAAAGCGGGAAUGUGCCGGCUGGAGCGAAACAAGCCUUCAGUCGCACCGCGCACAUGCUGGCGUGCGGACAAAUUUAAAAGCCGGGUUUUGCGUAAGAUGGCGGGAACUUUACGAUAAAUUACUAACUUCUUACGUUGUACGCGUAUUUUUUCGGACAUUCCAAAUCGAGUACAGUUUUUAUGGCGUGUAUUUUAGUAUUAAAUAUAAGUAUUUAACUUGAUAAUAACUUUGUUAUGAAGUGAUUAAUAACCGAACAACACCUGUUUUGUAUCAAGUAAAUGCAAUGAAAUGGAACGUAUUAAUUUCCCAACGGUUCGGGAACCUAAAUUCAAUAAUAAUGGAGAGACAAGAAGCAAGACUCAAUCAUAAGAGUAUGAAAUUAUAGAGUAUUACCAAUGUCGGAACGGAAAGGGAAAAUGUCAUAGACAUGUACGGUCUUCUUAGCGUGGCUGCAACCUCGGCGUUGUUGCAGCUACUGUUAUCAAUUACAGCCGUGAGUGGCGUCAGCUGGGAGGAAUGGUGGACCUACGACGGCAUCUCAGGGCCAGCGUUCUGGGGUUUAAUCAACCCAGAAUGGUCUCUCUGCAACAAGGGCCGGCGUCAGUCGCCAGUCAACCUGGAGCCGGACAAACUGCUGUUUGACCCCAAUCUACGGUUCUUACACAUAGAUAAGCAUAGGAUAAAUGGACUGAUAAGCAACACGGGUCACUCCGUGAUAUUCACGGUGGAGAACGAGACUCGACACCACAUCAACAUCACCGGGGGCCCGCUCUCCUAUAAGUAUCAGUUUCAUGAAAUACAUAUACAUUACGGUCUUCAUGAUCAAUUUGGUUCAGAGCACGCCAUCAACGGAUAUUCGUUUCCUGCUGAGAUUCAAAUAUUUGGUUUCAAUUCGCAGCUUUAUUCAAAUUUCUCUGAAGCUCUGCACAAAGCUCAAGGAAUUGUUUCGAUCUCGCUUCUAUUACAGCUCGGAGAUUUAUCAAAUCCUGAAUUAAGGAUUUUGACUGAGGAACUAGAAAAUAUUAAAUAUGGGGGAGCGGAGAUGCCAAUAAACAAGCUGUCGGUGCGGGGCCUACUGCCCGACACCGACUACUACAUGACGUACGAUGGCUCCACGACGGCUCCGGCCUGUUUCGAGACCGUCACGUGGAUCAUUAUCAACAAGCCCAUCUACAUCACUAAGCAACAGUUACACGGGCUACGUCGGCUGAUGCAGGGCGACGCGCGCCACCCCAAGGCGCCGCUCGGCAACAACUUUAGACCCCCACAACCGCUCCAUCAUCGAGCGCUGCGUACUAAUAUCGACUUUGACCUGAGCAAGUAUCCCGGAAAAUCUUGCCCGAGUAUGCAUCGAGAUAUGCAUUAUAAAGCCAAAAGCUGGACUCAGUAUUGAAGACUUCUGCACAUAUGUUAUAACGACGAGCAGUAUGUCUAUGUUAAGCUAUGUAGAAAACAAUAUAAACCAAUUAACAUUUAUUUUGUAUAUACUCUUGUACAGACUUCUUAAAAAAAUCUUACUUCGCUUAAGUUAAAUUAACUGUCAAAAUGUAGAUUUGUUGACAUUGUAAUAUUAAUAGCUGAUCAUGUCAUAUCAAUACUUACAUAAUCAAAGUUCGCAUAUAGAUCCAUAUCCUUGUGUAGUUCGACUGGAAUUACCAUAAAAAUGUAAUAUAUAGUUACUAGUAAAUAAUUUUAAGUAAAUUAUAGUUUGGAACAUCGGCCUCUUAAAUAAAUUAAAUUCAUACUUUCGGAUAGAUUUGCCCUCAACAUCGGGUCUGUUAUUACGUAAUUUACAAAGUAGUGGAAAUAAUAGUAAUUAAGUAAUCAAUCAUGUAUGAACGGUUUUGUAUCCUUUACACAAGUACAUAAAUCAUACGAAUAAUUAUGUAAAAAAUAUUAUUAUUCAUUCAUUACCUAAUUAAAUAGAAGGUACUUAUUUAGGUAUCCUAACUUAAAUUUAUUUGCUUUAUUGAAGCUGUCCAAUUAAGAAUAUUGUGUUGAUUAUAGUAACUUUGUUAUUUUUAUAAAUACCUAACAAUUACCAGUUACUUACGUUAAACCCCAAACCAGGAAUGUAACAAACGUAUCUUGUUUUAAAUAAAAAUAUUUUGAUCGUGAAAUUUAAUUCAGGUAUGAUAAACCCAAUUGCAUUUUGCAUAAAUAUGUUCUAUUAAAAUAUUGAACUGAUGAUAGCAUAAUAAUAUAUAGUAUAAUAUAUAUAACUAUUAUUUUGCUUAAUACUAAUAUUGUUAUUAAUGAAAUUAUUUCUAACAUAACGUAUAUCGAGUUUUAGAUUUUAUAGUAAGUACAUAGCCGCUUUGUACUUAUAUUUAUUUGUUUCCUUAAUUUUACUAAGAAGCUGUUAUAAGUAAACUGUUCAAAUAACUGUAGGAUCUAAAAGUGUUUUAAAUUAAUGAAUGUUUUUUUGUCAAUUGCUGUAAGCCAUAUAGCUUUAAUAAAAUAAUAGUAUAGUUUAAUAAUUUAAUUAUAUAGCUGUACUAGUGGCAUUCUACGUAUACAUACACCUAUUAUACAAAUGUAUAUGUAUCUAUUGGCUUUGUUCUGAUUUUUAUUUAGAGAUAAUUAUAAUUGUUUUACUAAAUAAUAACCUUUUUUGU